AUGGAAACCCUCGGUCAAACAUUUCUAACGACAUUGCCUGAUGAAAAACAAUUGAAAUCAAUUAUCAUAAAUGACUAUGAAGAUGACAUUGAUAUCGAUGUUAAAUCCUCAACUGACUCGGAAGAUUCGCCCAUAGCAAAUCAUGAAAUAGAAGAAAUAUUAAAUAGCAAACAAGUACAAGAUACCUCAUCAAUAUUAAUACCAACUACGGCAAAUGAUAAUCUUCAAGAUAAAAUGUCACACAAUGAUCCAUCACCAUCUGCUGUUGGUGAACAUCUACAAACAUUUAUUCCACGAGCAGUAUAUGAUUAUGCUACAGUUGUUCAUGAAAAAUUAGAGAGUCCACGUCAAAAUAAACUUGAUCAUGAUGUUAAUGCUGUACUUGGAUCAAGUGAUCCUCCGCCUGGCUUUGGUUUUCUUCACCCUCGAUUUUAUUACCUUGAACAGAAGCGGCCUAUUCCCAUGGAACCACUUCGAGUUAGUAUCCAUUUUAUUCUUUUUGCAUUUUCUUCCCUAUUGUUGUUUGUCGCCUAUGUUAAUAUGUUGAAUUGA